UUAUUAGAUUGACCUCUGUGAACCCUGCUACCUCAAUUCGACCUUUGUGAACCUUGUGGUUUUCUACUUAAAGCACACCAUCCUCCAUGCUGCAGUCGAUUCUUUGGGACUUCUUUAAAGCUUGAUAAUUCGUCUCUAGAAGAUCAUCACAAUGAGUUUGGAUUUGGAUUCUAUGGUUCGCUACGUGAGCCCAGUGAAUCCAUCGGUGUACCCCCACCUGGCCAUCACUCUGCUCAGUAUUGGUCUCUUCUUCAUGGCCUGGUUCUUUGUAUAUGAAGUGACUAGUACCAAGUUCUCCCGCAACCUCCCUAAGGAGCUCCUCCUCUCUCUGUGGUCUGCAUUGUUCCUGGGCUUUGGUGGCACCUUCCUAUUGCUCUGGGUUGGAAUAUUCAUCUGACAUCUAACUCAUUCUAGUGGACACUAUACAUGCUAGCUAACUGACUACCUAGCUAGCUCACAGAAUGUCUUCAAUUUGUUUUGUGGAUCUGAAUUUAUUACAAAAAUGUGACGGUGAUAAUAAUUAAUAAAUGGUUGGUACAUUUGUG